CUGUUUGUCGUUUUAUAUAAAACUACUACCAAACCGGCUGCUUCGGUUGGAUUUGUACCUGUGAGCCAACAAUUCAAACCGACCCCUGGCUCGCCCUCAACCAACCCCCCUACCAGAACAUACAGCAUCUCCUCCCGCUGCUGCUGCUGCUGCUGCUGCUGCUGCUGCUGCUGCUGCUGCUGCUUCAUCAGCCGUCUCGACCUCUCGACCCUCUCUGCGUCUCCAUCGCCUCUCUUCUAUCUAGAGCUAGACCCUCUUUAUCCUCGUGGUUUCUCUCUCCAUCCCGGCUCUUACUUGCGCCCUGCUAAGAGAAAGAGAAAGAGGCAAAAAAGAAAAGGCUGUGAUUUAUCUACCAGCCGCUUUUUCCGGAUUGCUCUCUCUCUCUCUCUCCCUGUCUCUCUCUAUAUCCUCGUUCUUCAGUUCUUCAUUGAGGUCGGUUUACAUUUUUCUCAUCUGGUUGCUUGCAAGAAACGAAACGGAAAAGGAGACUCCCGAAUGUAG